CACCCUAGGGGCGUGGACACCGCCAAGGCGCGCCCUGGCAGCACUUAAGUAGCUAAAAGCCAGUGCCAGGCAGGAAGGAGAGAGAAAGCCCCGGCUGCUGCUGACGCACUUGGACCCAGACCUAGACCCAACCCGAGCCCAUCCCGGCCCCAGCUAGCUAUAGACUGCGCCAUGCGGGGCCCCAGCGCGGCUCUGUGGCUCUUCCUGGCUCUGCGCACUGUGCUUGGCGGGAUGGAGGUGCGGUGGUGCACCAUCUCAGACCCAGAGCAGCAGAAAUGCAGUGACAUGAGCAAGGCCUUCCAGGAAGCCGGCAUCCAGCCCUCCCUCCUGUGCGUCCAGGGAACCUCAGCCGACCACUGCAUCCAGCUCAUCUCGGCCCAGGAGGCUGACGCCAUCACUCUGGAUGGAGGAGCCAUUUACGAGGCGGGGAAGGAGCACGGCCUGAAGCCUGUGGUGGGCGAAGUGUAUGAUCAAGAGGUCGGUACCUCCUAUUAUGCCGUCGCUGUGGUCAAGAGGGGCUCCCACGUGACCAUCAACACCCUGAAAGGUGUGAAGUCCUGCCACACAGGCAUCAACCGGACGGUGGGCUGGAAUGUGCCCGUGGGCUACCUGGUAGACAGCGGCCGCCUCUCAGUGAUGGGCUGUGACGUGCUCAAAGCUGUCAGCGACUAUUUUGGGGGCAGCUGUGUCCCCGGGGCAGGAGAAACCAGUCACUCCCAGUCCCUCUGCCGCCUCUGCCGGGGCAACGCCGCUGGGGAAGGGGUGUGUGACAAGAGCCCCCUGGAGAGAUACUAUGACUACAGCGGGGCCUUCCGGUGCCUGGCGGAAGGGGCCGGGGACGUGGCCUUUGUGAAGCACAGCACGGUGCUGGAGAACACAGACGGGAAAACCCUUGCCUCCUGGGGCCAGGUGCUGCUGUCAAAAGACUUCGAGCUGCUGUGCCGGGAUGGCAGCCGGGCUGAUGUCACUGAAUGGAGGCGAUGCCACCUGGCUCGGGUGCCUGCUCAUGCCGUGGUGGUCCGGGCCGACACAGAUGGGGGCCUCAUCUUCCGGCUGCUCAAUGAAGGCCAGCUUCUGUUCAGCCAUGACGGCAGCAGCUUCCAAAUGUUCAGCUCUGAAGCCUAUGGCCAGAAGAACCUGCUGUUCAAAGAUGCCACCUCCGAGCUGGUGCCCAUUGCCACGCAGACCUAUGAGGCAUGGCUGGGCCGCGAGUACCUGCAUGCCAUGAAGGGUCUCCUCUGUGACCCCAACCGGCUGCCCCACUACCUGCGCUGGUGUGUGCUGUCCACGCCUGAGAUCCAGAAGUGUGGAGACAUGGCUGUGGCCUUCAGCCGGCAGAGGCUCAAGCCGGAGAUCCAGUGUGUGUCAGCUGAGUCCCCCCAGCACUGCAUAGAGCAGAUCCAGGCUGGCCAAAUUGACGCUGUGACCCUGAGGGGCGAGGACAUCUACACAGCGGGGAAGACGUACGGCCUGAUUCCGGCAGCCGGGGAGCACUAUGCCCCGGAAGACAGGAGCAACUCGUACUUCGUGGUGGCCGUGGUGAAGCGGAACAGCUCCUACGCCUUCACGCUGGACGAGCUGCGGGGCAAGCGCUCCUGCCACCCGGCCUUCGGCAACCCCACUGGCUGGGACAUCCCCGUGGGCGCCCUCGUGCAGAAAGGCUUCAUCCGGCCCAGGCACUGUGACGUCCUCACAGCGGUGAGUGAGUUCUUCAGCGCCAGCUGUGUGCCUGUGAACAACCCCAAGAACUACCCAUCCUCGCUGUGCGCUCUCUGUGUGGGGGAUGAGCAGGGCCGCAACAAGUGUGUGGGCAACAGCCAGGAGAGGUACUACGGCUACAGCGGCGCUUUCAGGUGCCUGGUUGAGAAUGCAGGGGACGUCGCUUUCGUCAAGCACACGACUGUCUUCGACAACACAAAUGGCCACAAUGCUGAGCCCUGGGCUGCUGAGCUCAGGUUGGAGGACUAUGAGCUCCUGUGUCCCAAUGGGGCCCGGGCCGAGGUAUCCCAGUUUGCAGCCUGCAACCUGGCACAGAUACCGUCCCAUGCCGUCAUGGUCCGGCCAGACACCAACAUCUUCACUGUGUAUGGACUGCUGGACAAGGCCCAGGACCUGUUUGGAGAUGACCACAAUAAGAAUGGGUUCAAAAUGUUCGACUCCUCCAACUAUCAUGGCCAGGACCUGCUUUUCAAGGAUGCUACCAUCCGGGCAGUGCCUGUGGGAGAGAAAACCACGUACCAUGACUGGCUGGGCCAGGACUAUGUGGCGGCUCUGGAAGGGAUGCUGUCUCAGCAGUGCUCGGGCACAGGGGUCACUGCCUCCAGGGUGUUCCCACUUCUGCUGCUGCUCCCACUGGCCCUCGCUGUCGGCCUCCUUCAGCCCUCCCUCUGAAGCAGCUGUGGGCAAGCCUCGCCCUCCCUGGGAAUGGAAACCUGUUCAGAAAUCUCUCUAAAUAAGGCUGUUCUUCUCAGUAAAUCUGGUUAACGUGUGAUGGGAGAGGAAGCGUGAGAAACCAUAGACCUCCUUAGGGCUGCGAUUCUGACACUGAAGUUUCAGUGAUUCCUUCCAAGUGGAAUAAAGAUGACUGUGACUGUUAAAGAAAAAUCCCCCAACUGGACUGAGCAGGUCUCUCCUGCUGGAACCCAGCCUCUGCCUCCCAGGCACCACCUGUCCCUCUGCUACCUGAGGUGGUGCGCUGGCCAGCCUCCUAGUCACACCCCACCCACAGGCUGGCAUAGCCGCUUCCCUGCAGAUCUGCAGGCUCCCACCACAUGGA